AGUCGAGGCUGCGUAGUCGUGCACAUCGUGUGUCGUUCAUUUUCCGUAGUCGUGGUUAUCGUCCCGUCGUUGGUGCGCUGUCGCUAAGCUGUCAAUGCUCUUGUCGCAGUAGUUGUGGAAUCGUGUGGCCUCGUGCAUCGCCUGCCUGCAUCUCCGUCGCUUUUUCCGUCUCUCAUUCAAGUACGUGGUCUUGCACGAAACGGUCGAGGUCGAAGCCCGCAGGAGUAGGAAGGCAGUUCUGUUUUUGGCAGCAGCACCAGGAGCCCACAGCCAGCGAAAGCGGUAGGACACGGACACGUGCGAAGUGCGAACAAUGUUAGGUUUUUAGUCAUCCCAAUCAUACCAUUCCGUUUUCAAUUCGAUUGUCAUUCGUCCUGGAUUAAAUGACCAUCACUUGAGGUCAGACAUUUAGCCCGGUUCUUUACGUAAAAUAAAAGUCCCAGCUGACGUCGAGAAAGGAGCGAGAACAAAGUACAUAAAUUCUCUAAAGAAAAUAUGUAUACAAUGUAACAUACAAACCACAAAUCAAACCGUCAAUGACAGUUUCACAGCCACAGCGGGAAAAUAUUACGACUGCUCUCCUAAAAAAAAUGCCAACUGUGAACUACGCCAACAUUUUUCAUCGAAUGAAGAUUGUGACAAAUAUUGAAUGAAAAAAAUGCAAUUUUUGAGCAUAAGCACUUGAAGAAAUCGAUUAAGAAAAGCUAUUAAUUGAGAUAGAGUAUUGUCGGAGCUUAAAAGCAAUCAGACUGGAUAUUCAAUCAGAACAUACAGGGCGGUGUCGUAAAACCAAUAUCCCUCGACUGAUCCGGACCAAGAUAGAAACAAGAAAUUAAAAGUCCUGUGUAAACUCCGGAAACAUUCUGCAGAUGCCCAUCUCUUCAUAAAUCAAACUACCCCAAGCCAAGGAUAAGUUACACACAAUAAGUACAAUAAGUAGUGCUUGUCACCAAUGUUAAGAAAAAUUCCUUGUCGGGUUGCCAUGACAGUCUGAAAUAAGGACAGAGAUCAAGAGACCACCGAGCCGACCUAAACCCAGGCAAAGGCACCCAGACCAAACCAGACUAAAGCAACAGUUCAGCUACAACGGUUACGCGAACAAUUUUCUCUGGGUAUUUUUGAUAAAUGGCACCUUAAAGUUAAAGACCCAUACCUGAAAGGACAACGAUAAACUUGAACGCCACGAAAAGUAUGCCGAGAUAACCAAACCGAAGAGCAGCCACUGACUGACACCAACGGUUGAAUUUUUGGCAUCACAUCAGCACCAUUCCAAUCCCAUCCUAUCACAUCGCUCGAGCAUCAAGAGAUUGUGAUGACAUAAAAUGGGCAAGAAAUAGGUAAGAAAGAGCACUUGUCGUGGAGAACUGUUAGCGCUUGUCUACUCGUCCGUCGGAUUCAGUUUGGGUGGCUUAUUGAUUACGGCGAUCGACCGGACAUUUGUCUAGAUAGCAUCCUCGUCUUUGUCGAUGUAUUUUUGUAUUUCUGAUUAGCACACAUUGCUGCCAUAGCUCGAGUGAUACAAUAAGGUGAUAAGACCGGGCAAAAAAUAAAUCGGUCAAGCCAAUCUAUUCAAACUUAGUUGGGGAGAAUGAGUUUCUUGGAGCCGUACGUAUCCUCUAGAUCCGCCGUUGACGCCGUCAUAUGGCUGGCUUAUGGCCUGGGACUUCUCAUUAUGCUGCCAGCUUGCUUUGCUGGCCCGCACGAGAAGCGCUUGCUGCAUGCCCUUCUGGACAACUACAACAGCUUGGAACGGCCAGUGGUCAAUGAAUCAGAUCCAUUGCAGUUGAGUUUCGGACUAACGCUCAUGCAAAUAAUCGAUGUGGAUGAAAAGAAUCAAUUGCUUAUAACAAAUAUUUGGCUUAAAUUGGAAUGGAAUGAUAUGAAUCUACGCUGGAAUUCUAGUGAGUUUGGUGGUGUUCGGGACUUGCGAAUUCCGCCGCAUCGUUUAUGGAAGCCGGACGUUCUCAUGUACAACAGUGCAGAUGAGGGCUUCGACGGCACUUAUGCUACCAAUGUGGUGGUGCGCAACAACGGGAGCUGCUUGUACGUUCCACCGGGCAUUUUUAAAUCAACUUGCAAGAUAGAUAUCACCUGGUUCCCAUUUGACGAUCAACGAUGUGAAAUGAAAUUUGGUUCUUGGACCUACGAUGGCUUUCAGUUGGAUCUGCAGUUGCAGGACGAAGCUGGCGGAGACAUUUCUAGCUUCAUAACAAACGGAGAGUGGGAUCUGCUAGGUGUGCCCGGCAAACGAAAUGAAAUCUACUAUAAUUGCUGCCCAGAACCUUAUAUUGACAUAACAUUCGCCAUUUUGAUACGACGUAAAACCCUAUAUUAUUUUUUCAAUUUAAUUGUGCCGUGCGUACUAAUUGCCUCCAUGGCACUGCUAGGGUUUACACUUCCGCCAGAUUCUGGUGAGAAGCUCUCACUUGGAGUUACUAUUUUACUAUCGCUCACAGUCUUCCUUAACAUGGUGGCAGAAACAAUGCCGGCGACCUCCGACGCCGUGCCGCUGCUUGGAACUUAUUUCAAUUGCAUUAUGUUUAUGGUGGCCUCAUCAGUUGUGUCAACCAUACUUAUCCUCAAUUAUCAUCAUAGAAAUCCAGAUACGCAUGAAAUGAGUGAAUGGAUAAGAGUAAUAUUCCUUUAUUGGUUACCUUGCAUAUUGCGCAUGCAAAGACCCGGACAGGUUGGAUACGAAUGUCCGCCACCGCCCUCCUCAGCGGGCCCGUCGACUGCAGGCGACAAAAAGCAACAUAUGCAAAACGUUGAGCUCAAGGAAAGAUCCUCGAAGUCGCUGCUCGCAAACGUCCUUGACAUAGACGAUGAUUUUCGCUGUAAUCAUCGAUGUGCCAGUUCCACGUUGCCGCACCAGCCGACAUAUUACAGGACAAUGUACAGGCAAGGGGAUGACAGCAGCGUUGGACCCGUGGGCCAAGUCGGACCGGUAGCCGCUGUUGCCGAUGCCCGUAUGCAUGAGGCCAUCUCCCACACCUGUCUGAGCUCAUCGGCGGAAUACGAGCUGGCGCUGAUAUUGAAGGAGCUACGCUGGAUAACCGAUCAGCUGAAAAAAGAGGACGAGACUGGCGACAUAACACGAGACUGGAAAUUCGCUGCUAUGGUCGUAGAUCGUUUGUGCCUUAUUAUUUUCACGCUGUUCACUAUAAUUGCAACCCUGGCAGUUUUAUUCUCAGCACCACAUUUCAUCUUCCCGUAAAAACGGACGCUGGAUAAGGAGGAUAGGUGGGAGUAAACGCAGGAGGAGGCACGACUGCCUACAGUGGCUUGUUCGCGUGAUACGGACAAACAUUCAAACAUUUACUUUUGUAAGAUGUGCGAGAAAAAUCAAAAACAUACAAACAUAUUUGUGCAUUAACCUUUCGGCAUCCAAUCAGUUGAUCCUUUGGUCUUCCUGUUUACAAUUUCGAUAGAUGUAUCGGCAGCUCAUAAUGUGGAAUCUGAAAAGUACAUAUAUGUACAUAUAUACAAAAUGUACAUAUGGAUUUUGUAUGGAUAAUAAAAUGGAGAUGAACUAAUAAUACUUACAUACAUAUUUGAAUACAUGUGCACAAGUAUGCAUGUGUGCAGGACAAUACAUACAUAUGUAUGUGCAUGUUUACAUACCCGUAUAUUGAUUUGUGUUAACGACAGCUCGGUUAUUCCCCUCAGUUUCGAAAUUGAAUACCAACAAAUUCAUUUUUGAUAUUUGUGUAUUUUUUCAUGCUUUUGGUCAUAUGUAUGUACGAGUAUUUCUUUGAAUUUUGAUAAAUAAAAUAGUGUAUACAAAUAUGUUGCUGUGAUAGAAAAAUGUAUUAAAAAAAAACGUUAACCAGUCACAAUAAAUUCAAAGUAAGAAAAGAAUAGAAUAUGGUAGUGCUGGUACCACUUUCAUACUUCCAUUGAAUCGGUGAAUAAUGUGAAAAUAAUCAGAAAUGAAAGAAUAUACUGUCAAAGCCAUAUGCACAAACGCAUUGAAGAGAUAAGCCAAAGUUGCGAGGAAAAUAGCUCGGUUAUCAAAAUAUUUGACAAAUCAAACAAAAUAUUCGUACAAAAAAUUCAUUCAUAUACAUAUAUAAAC